UUCUGCUGCUCCUGCUUGCGGCUGGCACGGCUCCAGUCCCUCUGCCGGUGUGUGCCAAUCCCGCCCGGCACUGCAGCCUUGGUCAUAUGAGCAGAAAGGAUGGGGAGAAGGGCUCUUUCCCCUCCCCCUGUCUUCUCCCAAAAUCUUCCUUGCACUUCGCCUCUCGCUCUCUGCUCUUCCCACAGUUGCAAGGAUGGCUAUGACCGACCUGUUCAACGCUGCCGAUAUCAAGAAGGCAGUGGACGCCUUUGCAGCUCCGGACUCUUUUAACCACAAGAAGUUCUUUAUGAUGGUGGGGUUGAAAGGCAAGGGAGUUGAAGUUGUGAGGAGAGUUUUCCAGUUUCUGGAUAUAAAUGGAACUGGCUUUAUUGAGGAAGACGAACUAAGGUUUCUAAUAAGGGGCUUUUACCCAGAGGGCCGGGUCCUGACUGCUAAGGAAACCAAGGCAAUGAUGGCUGCUGCAGAUAAAGAUGGGGACGGCAAGCUCGGCAUUGAUGAAUUUGUGACCAUGAUGACUGAAUUGUAAAGGCUUUGACCAAUCUGAACCCUCCAUCUACCCUUCACUACCGGAUUCCAGCUCUUUUCUGCUGAUCUCCUUGGUUCUUCUCCUGAUGAUAAUUUAUGUUGUUUUAUAUUCCAAUUCUAUUGUUUGCAGCUUUGUAAUUGUGCUAAACGGUGCUGUUAAAAUUAGAGAUAUACAAAUUGUGUAAAAUUCGUCCUCUCUGCGUUUUGCAGAUUGUCAGGGGAAUUUUGUUCUGUCAUCCUUAUAAGUGGAAUUGGAUUUUUUGUUUCUGAAUUUGUGCAAAUUCACACUAGUGAAAAUUUGAAAUUGCAAAAAUGCGCAAAUCCCCCAUACUGUGCAAAUUCCCCCCAAAUGCAUGUUUUCACACUUUAGCCUAUGAAGGAAGUGCAUAUUUUGGGCUAGUUUUUUUAUUUUGUUUUUAAUUUUGUGUACUUUCUGCUAAGAAAU